AUGUCGAACUCGGCGCGAUCGACGGCGCGGCUGGAGAAGCGGAUGACGGACGCGUUAGCGGCGCGACACAAGACGGUGAAGAAGGUUCCGAAGAACUUCGACGCGUUCGUGCUCAAGUUCCCGAGGAUCAACGCGGGGCUCGAGCUGCUCCGAGAGGUGUACGACAAAAUCGUGCCCGAGGGCAGGGAAGGCAUGUCGUUGGACGAGUUGAAGACCGCACUCGCUCAGCUGGAGGUGACAGUGAGUGAAGAGGAGUUGAAGGCCAUAUUCGAGCAGACGGAGUUUGACCCUUCGUACAGUGAAGGGUCAGAUGCUGUUCCAACAGAGGAGGCGACGGUGGUGUGCUUCAAUGCGUUCGUGCUGUGCCUGGGAACUGUGUUCCUGCUCGAGUCGGCUGAUAGCGAGCAGAAACCACGCCUUGGCACAGGAGACAUCAACGCGGCCUUUCAAAUAAUCGUGGAUGCGUUCAUUUAUUUUGACGAGGACCACGACGGGCAGCUCACGCGGGCGGAGAUUGAGAAGGGUUUCAGCAGCCACAACACUCUCAAGGAGGGCACGCUGCUCCGCAACAUCUCUAUGCGCAUGCAGGAGAUGGACCGGGAUUCCAACGGUGUGUGCACAUUUGUAGAGUUUCUGAAUGCGUUUGUUGGUUGGGUGAGGUCUCAGUAUGGGGACGCAGAUUCGGACGCUGCUGCUGAUGGAGAUGCUUAA